AUGACAGACCAUGUCCAUUACCUACCAGAAAUCCCUUGGGGAAAACGUGCAGCUUUUUGGAAGAUGAUAUUAUGUAAUAGAGAUUCUGCCACAUUAACUUAUAGGAAUCCUAAGUACCAUGAUUGCCAUGAACAUUUGACACCUCGAAUGAGAGCUAUUCUUUUAGAUUGGCUAAUCGCGGUGUCAUCUGAUUUUAAGCUACAUCGAGAAACUUAUUAUUUAGACCGAUAUUUAUCAAACAGUGAUUCUAUUCCGAUAGAAAAAUUACAACUCAUUGGAAUUACUUGUCUAUUUAUGGCUGUCAAAAUGGAAGAGAUUUACCCUCAUAAACUGACUGUAUUUGUUUGCGUCACCGAUGGUGCAUGUACUAAUGAAAAUGUGUUAGAUAUGGAGAAAAAAUUAUUGAUGUAUUUGCGUUUCCGUUUAACACCUGUUUCUAUAAACUAUUGGGUAGAAUUGAUGCUGCAAUUCAUUUAUGUUGAUGACAGUACAGCUGAAGAUAGUAACUAUUUUAAUUUUUAG